AUAUAACUAAACUUUCUGUGACGCAUGCGCGGUGACAGCUACUUGCUCUUCAGUAGCACAUUCUGGUUAUACAGUUAGCUGGGGCUAACAGGCUAGUCCCCUACUGUAGUUGAAACGGUCCGAUCCAGGACCAGAUUCGUCCCCCUCUGACUCGGUCUGUACAGUUAACCUGGCACUGGUGCUGAAAGGGCGCUGACUGCAGAGGUAACAGCUGUUUGUGUUAGCAUCGGCAACUAGCUUUAGCUCGGCUCCACUAACAGAGAAUCAAAACAGAGGCUGAGAGCUGGACAACAUGGCGACGGAGGAGAAGAAACCAGAGACAGAAAAUAUUAAACAGUCUUCUUCAUCAGCAGGAUCAGGCAGCAAGGUGAGUCUGCUGGACUGGCAGUGUUUUGAGGGACUGGGCUGUGGUAUUAGUUUAUCGACCAGCUGCCUAACAGCUGAUGGGUUUGGUCUUUGGUGUAAACAGAGCUGAUUACUAUAUGUGUGUGUGUGUCCAUGUUUAACGCCUGAAUACUAAUUUAUGCUUGCAUCAGCACUGAAGGAAUAUAUAAAACAGCAGAUUAAUUUACAGUACAGUACAGUACAUGUGAUUAUGCUGGAUAACUGUCCAUCACUGUCCUGUUAAACGAACCUUUUGGAGGUCCAAAUAUAUAUUCCUAUUUCCAAAACACUUACAGGCAAUAGAAAAUGACAACAUAGCAAAUUUUAUCCAAUUCUUCAUUGAAAGGAUAACUGCUCUACGGCGAAACGUCUGCAAGCAAAUCUAGAUACACUUUUAAUGAAGAAUCGGAUAACCAUGACCUGGAUGAAUGAGAACCUUCAACCUACACAGACAAAACAGAUUCUGAUGGUUUUCAACAGGUUGGUAACAUCUCUGGGUUUAAAAAAGGGCAUUACAGGGAGACCGAGUCCCUCAGAAGUGAAGUGGGACCAAACAAAUCAGUUUUAAAGUCAUGUUCUGUAGCAGGAAACUGCAAAAAAAAAUUAUUGGUGGUUAGCACUAUCACCUCACAGCAAGAAGGUCCAGGGUUCGAAACCGGGUCAGGGCGUUUCUGUGUGGAGUUUGCAUGUUCUCCCUCUGCCUGCGUGCGUUUACUCUGGGUACUCCGGUUUCCUCCCACAUCCCAAAACCAUGCAAAAAUGGUUUUAGGUUAAUUGGUCACUUCCAAAUUGCCCGUAGGUGUGAAUGUGAGUGUGGAUGGAUGUUCGUCUCUAUGUGUCAGUCCUGCGAUGAACUGGCGACUGGCCCGAAGAUGCUGAGAUAGGCUCCAGCCCCCCCAACAGGAUAGGCGGUGGAUGGAUGGAUAUUGUCAGUUCAUAGUGAGGUCAGCCUUGGUUACAUCUGGGAAGGCACCAUUGAUACUGAAGGAUAUGUACAAGUUUAGGUGCAAACACAGUGAUAAACAAGCCCCAGUCCAGCCUUUUGACGUUUGCUGUGCUAUUUUUGCACUAUUUUCAAUCAAAUACAGCUCUAAGCUGAUCAGUAAACCGUCAAAAUCUGUUUCUAUAAUCUUACUUGUUUUCAACAGCCUCAAACUGAGAUGUUUGUUAAUAUAUUCUGGCUAAAUUAAAGGGUCUAACUGCAGUGACUGUGUCUGUGUUUUCAGUCUAAUCCGGCCAAACCGAACUACACAGUCAAGUUCACACUGGCUGGACACACAAAGGCCGUCUCUUCUGUCAAGUUCAGCCCUAAUGGAGAAUGGCUGGCCAGCUCCUGUGAGGGCCACACACACACACACACACUUUUUAUUUAAGUUUUCACUUCUUCCUGUCAGCAAUACAAAAUCACAUCAAACAGUGAACAACAAAGAUACAUUUAACAUAUAGAAAAUAUUGUUGUUCAUGACAGCUGGUGAAGAAUGGAGGUUAUACUGGUCAAACUGGUCAGCUGUAAUGGUUAGGGUUAGUUACUAAUAGAUUUAAUUAAAUGUUGAAAAAAAGCAAAUUUUACCAAAACUUUUUAUUGGAAGAGAUCACCAGUGUGUCAGAAAUGAAUUAGGACUUUCCAAAUACAUGUGUCAUAGUCAGAUAUACUGUAGUAGUUGUUUGUACUGGUGGUAUGUUCAAGAACAAUCAGAAAUCUGACAACUUUAAUGCUGAGUUGUAUAUCAGAAUUAGAGAUUACACUGAAGUUGAACAGGUGAAAGAAUGUGUAUUUGUGUGUCAGUCCAAAAACACACUAGUGACUUACUAGGUUGCUGUAACCAUGGUAACGUCUUUGUGCAGCCGCUGAUAAGCUGAUCAAGAUUUGGGGAGCAUUUGAUGGCAAGUUUGAGAAAUCCAUUGUGGGACACAAACUGGUGAGUGAUCUCAUGACCCUGUUUCAAAAAUCCUCAGGAUAUGGGCCAGUUCUGGUUCUGAUUCUUGAUCUGACCAUUUGUGUGUGCGUAUGUGCGUGCGUGCGUGCGUGCGUGCGUACAUGCGUGUGUGUUUGAUUUUAGGGGAUCUCUGAUGUCUCCUGGUCCUCAGACUCUAACCUGCUGGUUUCUGCAUCUGAUGAUAAAACACUUAAGAUCUGGGACAACAACUCGGUAAGGAAGACUCAAACAUACACUCAAGUGGUCAACUGGUGAUGCUUUUUGAGACCACAAAUGCUGAAUAACAGCCUCAUAACACAAACACACUGUACAUAUACGUACAUAUAUAGGAUCAUUUCAUUACAGUCUGACUUUACAACUCGUGAUGGUUACUGCAUGUGUUUUGACACAGACUGCAGAGCUACUGUCACUUAUAUCUUUCCUUAAGCUUGUGGUGAAUAUGACUUUUCAGUUUGAUGGACCUAAAUGAGGUGCAUUGACAUUUAAUUUGCAAAGAAAUUGAUUCACCUGGAACAUUUUCUCAAAGUGAAAACUUUCAUUCACCGUAGGUGGAUUUUCACAUCUUUGGUUCAUUGAAUUCAACUUGUUUAAAUCUGCAGGAAACAUUUCUUUGUUCAGCUCUUACAGAGUCGUGACUUAAACACACCUAGAGUAUAAAUAUCUAAAUGUCUUUCAUGAGCUGUGCUGCAGCGCCACCUGCUGGUAGACUGCCUCUUUCACCUCACAUGGCAACCUCAGAUCUGGAUGAAUAGUGAGGAAAAGCUGUGCUGUUUAUUGAUUGACCAUUUGCUAAACUGUUAUAUCUAUCCAUAAUGUGUGUGAUUAUUAGAUAAAUAUCCUAACAAUGUAACGCUUAGCUCCAAAUAAUGUUUAAAGUCAAAUCAGUGUGCUGAGUAUGAAGGUACUGUUUGAUUAGAUGUUUUCAGACCUGCUGCCUGACUCUGAAUAUCUGAUUGUUCCCUCAGGGGAAGUGUCUGAAGACGUUGAAGGGUCACAGUAACUACGUCUUCUGCUGUAAUUUCAACCCUCAGUCCAACCUGGUGGUGUCGGGAUCGGUACGCUUUUUACCCAUUCACUAAGUUCCUGCUGUCUGCUUCCGACUUCAUGAAAUCAAACCUGACUCUGUGUUUGUGUGUUUGUGUGUGGGGGGGUUUAGUUUGAUGAGAGUGUUCGAAUCUGGGAUGUGAAGACCGGGAAAUGUCUGAAGACUCUGCCGGCCCACUCUGACCCUGUCUCUGCUGUAAGUUUUGACCACUGAUCCCCUUCCCCCCUUGUUGAAAAGUUACAAUCUCAGCCUGUUAUGUUCUCUGACCUUUGACCCUGUGUUUGUGUCUCCAGGUUCACUUUAACAGAGAUGGUUCGCUUAUUGUCUCCAGCAGCUAUGAUGGUCUCUGGUAUGUCUACACACAGUUGAGACACUGUCAUGUAUGUAACAGCAUCCAAACACCUGCAGAAUGAAUCAUGAUGGCAUUGUUUCUGUCUGUCUGCAGUCGUAUCUGGGACACAGCAUCAGGACAGUGUCUGAAGACUCUGAUUGGUGAGUAAAUCUGCUUAAUACUCAAGCAGGAAAGAAUAGUAUCCUGUUUCUUCUUAAAAAGUCAGGUUCAAACAAUUCCUGGGGACGUGUCAAGUUGUAAGCUGUCUCUCUCUCCUCAGAUGACGACAAUCCUCCUGUGUCCUUUGUCAAAUUUUCUCCGAACGGGAAAUACAUCCUCGCUGCCACACUGGACAAGUCAGUAUCCCAACCUAAUUACUGUCUGAACAAAGUGGGUUUCAGGGGUCACCAGAGGUCAUAUGUAGUACACCUGACCUCGUCAUGUCCAUCACUUAUUACCAUCCUUACUAACUCUGCUCUGUGGUUUUCAGCACGUUGAAGCUUUGGGACUACAGCAAAGGAAAGGUACUGACUGUCUGUCCAGUCUGUCCAUGUAAAGGUCUUUGUCUCUACCUGUGGAUCCUCAGCCAUCUAACACUGUCUGUCCCCUCCUUGUGUUCCCAGUGUUUGAAGACGUACACCGGCCAUAAAAACGAGAAAUACUGCAUUUUUGCAAACUUCUCUGUCACAGGAGGGAAGGUGAGAGUUUCUGUUGUGGUUAAAAAUACUCCACACUUGAAGCUUGUAGUCUCAAGUUGAUGACUUUCAUCCCUUAUUGGAAAAAACAUGCUAUGUUUUAACAUGAGUGUCAGUGUCAGGUGGUUUCACUUUUUGACCUCUGUGUUUCAGUGGAUCGUGUCUGGCUCUGAGGACAGCAUGGUUUACAUCUGGAACCUUCAGACCAAAGAAAUAGUUCAGAAACUACAAGGACACACAGGUAUGACCUCUGGCUUCACAGCAUGAGUCUGACCGAGACUGUGUUUCUAGGGCCAUUUCUUAGUCCCUGCCUUUGUUUCCUUGUAUUUGUCUCCUGAGUCUGUUUCCUGGUGUUUGUCCUCUGAGAUACUCUGUCCUACUCCCUGUCUUUGUGUUCUGGUCUUUUUCUUCUAGCACCUGACCUGACUUUGACUCCUGUACCCUGAAUUUGUCUAUUAGUUUUGUACUUUAAAGUCCCAAAUUGUGGAUUUGUCUUCUCUUCUUUGACUGUUGUCCUCUGUCUUCCAUCCUUUUACUUAGACCUAAUUAAUCCUGUUUGAUCAGGUUUCACAAAUGUUGAUUACAGGAGGUAGUAGAAAAAGCUUUUUCUCUCUGAUUUGUGUGUUUUUCUGUCUCUCUGUGCAGACGUGGUGAUCUCAACCGCAUGUCAUCCGACAGAAAACAUCAUUGCUUCAGCCGCUCUGGAAAAUGACAAAACCAUCAAACUGUGGAAGAGUGACUGUUAGACUGCAGGAGACCUGAUCCUCAACCAUCCCCUGUCCUGUUUGACUCCACAGAUUUACUAAUAAUCCACAGAAACACAGUUUAAUCUCACCUGAUGGGAACACUUACAGAGAGCCAUGAACACACUGUUAGUCCAUGUGUCGUCUCUUUCACAUUAAGAGACUUUCAGAGCCACAAAGAGACGAAAUCAUCUUCCUUCUGGGAUUUUUUUAAUGUUGAAAACUUUCAAAGAAAGUUUUUUUAAUUUAAGACUUUUGUGUGUUCUUUUAUGUAUGUUGUUUGGCUUGAUUGUUAAAACACAAUUAGUGCAAAAUCGUUGUUUUGAAUAUUUGAAAAAGCACAGACAAGUAGAAGAUCAUGUAGAAUGAAUGACUUUUCACAGGAAGUUAUUUACAUUUGAGAAAAAGAAAAAAUAGAAUAAAAUACCCAAGUGAUUAUGUCCUGUACAUGCAUGAAAACCCAGCACAUCUUUCCCAGUUAAUUUAAUCAUAAAAGCAGAACUAAAGUCUUCAAACCAUUUCUUAAUAUAAAUAAAGCAUAUAAAUUACAUGGUACAGUAUACAAUACAGUAACUGUAUGUGUGUUUGUGGCUCUCUGUCUUGUGGGAUCAUCUGAUUGGACAACAAGCAGCAGCUCUUCAUCAUAACCAUCUGCACGCUCCUCGUACUGUCUCCUCAACCUUCAAUCAGCUGAACAAGUAAAAAGAUGACUAAUGUGUGGAAGGAAUUUUUCAGUUAUUUGUAAAUAAAGAAUUUUGAAUAUGAGCCACCCUGGUGUGUGUGAAUGACUUUGUUUUUAUUUACUAAUAGCAGCGCUGUUUUAAAGGUGGUUGUGAUGGCAGGUUCUGUCAUGCUGAAGACAAGUGAAGUCAGUGACUAAAAAAAAGACUCCAGACAGGGCUGUACAGACACAUGAAAAAGUUUUUAAUUCUUUUAAACAAAACUGUUACAGAGAUCAAACAUUCUUCUCCCGUCUUUUCUCAUUUUUUCUGCUGUCAUUUUCUUCACAGAUCCUCAGAAGUGAACUUAAACUCCUGUCCUGAUUUUCCCUUGAAGCAUCAGUCAGUCACACCACAGCACUGACUUUACAAAAUUGAUUUAAAGAAAAGGAAAAAAAUCUGAAAAGUUUAACAAACUGACAUACUCCUGAGAAGAAUAAGGGCGACAAAGAAAUUGAGGUCACACUUUUUUCCAACUGACUUAUUCUGAUGUUGAAAAAAGUCAGAAUUCUGCCUUUUUUUCUCAGAAGUCUGAAAUCAAAGCAGAAUUAUAACUUAAGUGUCCGAAUUCUCAAAGAAAUUAGGCUAUGUUCACACUGCAGGUCAAUUCCAAUUUUUUAACCAUAUGUGACACAUAUCAGAUUUUUUCAUGUAAGUGUGAACAGUGCAAUUCCGAUUUUUUUAAAAUCUGCCCCAGGCCUCUUUUGUAUGUGGAUAUAAAUCGGAUCUGUAUCUGGUGUGACUGCAGUGUGGACGUAUAGGUCGCGUUCAUCCAACCUAUACAUCAUCAACAUGCGACAAACGUCACCAUUGUUCAACAACACAAACAGGUGCGGAAAGCAAUUUGCAUGCAGGUCACUUCACGGACGCAUUCCGUUCAAAUUAGAUGCUGCAUUCGUUGUUGUAAUGUGAACGACUGCACAAAAAGAUCGGAUUUAACACAAAAUCCGAAUUGUGCAUUAUAACCUGCAGUGUGAACAUAGCCGUAGAAUUCUGACUUCUUGGAACUCUUGACUUUAAAAUUUAGAAUUCUGGAAUUAGGAAAAAAAGUCAAUAUGGAUUUACUUUCACUUUUUCUUGGAAUUUCAUCUCGAGACUCAAAAUUGUGAUAAAAAAAGUCAGAAUUCUGCCUUAAUUUUUUGAAUUUUAAGAAUAGAAAAAAAUCUGACUUUAAACCCAGAUUUGUAUGGAAAAAACUUAAAGGAAAAGAAAUGAUUCUGCUUUAAAACUCAGAAUUCUGGGAUUAGACAAAAAGUCCGAAAAUUUAUGUUGUGAAUUUAUUUGGACUUUUUUGUUUGGAAUAACGACUUUUAACAAUUUGUGGGAAAAGCCAGAAUGCUUACUUUAAUCUGAUUUCUGAGUUUUUUUACUUUUUCAAAGAAUUCUGAAAUUGAAUCCAAUUGAGAACCAUUCCCAACCCGACUUUUCUCAAAACUCCGACAUUAAACUCAGAAUUCUGGGACUAAAAAAAAUGUCAGAAAAUUGAUUAUUUUUAACCUUUUCUCUGAAUUCUGACUUUACAAACUGAAGAAAAAAAGUCAACAUUUUGACCUCUACUCUAAUUAACUCUAAUAUUAAUUUUGACAAAGAAAACCAGUUGGUGGCUCUUAUCCCUUGCAUACAUGUACUUUUUCUUUUAACAGUCAUCUUUACAAAUUCCUGAGAUUCACAACUGGAGACAGUCUUGACAAAAUGCAAUUUGGUUAAGAUAAUGAGAUGAUGCAAAAAUAAGUAGCUUAUUUGACCUGAAACACUGGAUUUCACCUACAGAGAAACCAGAUAUUUCACUAAUCUUUCAACUUGUCAUCAUAAUAGUCAACAAACUGUAAGCUGUGACAGGGGCGAGGUAACUGUUAAGUAACUUUAAGCAUUUAGCUGACUGUGAUGUAACUGUUUAAGCUGUAAGCUAACAGUUACAGCAGUCGGCUAACGUAAAAUUAGUUAACUGCAGUAGUUGAUUAAUAAUGCUCACAGUAGUACACUAACUGUUACCGCAUCAAACCCUUUGUUAAAGUGCAACUAGCUCCAAAUUCCUAUGAACAGUUUUUAACUGUUUCUGAGGCAAACACAAAUUGAGAGCAGGGGUUUAAAUUGACCUAGAGGGGCUAACGGAACCUUCAUAAAAAAAGAGGAACAAUUCUAAUUUCUUUUUAACAACUAAAACCUCUAUCAUGUGUGGCAAAAGACUACCUGAUCAUCUUCAAAACAAAUGAGUUAUUUAAAAAAAAAAAAAAAAAACUUGUUCAGGGUUCCAAAGAGAAAGUUGCUGUUUGCACCACAAGCCUUUUUAAUACCAGGCUGUAAACAUGUUUAUUUCUGUUGUAGAAAACAGGUUUGUGAAGAAGGGUGUUAAUAAGGUUUCCCAGGCUUUUGGGGCCAGCCUCCAGGGGACACUUGAGGAACUGCAGUUUUAGAACUUCCACACUGGCUUAAUUUUCAACAUAAGGUAUUGUUGCUUUGCCAAAGUUCCUGCCUGUUCAUCUUAAAAUGAGACUGCACAUGUUGGGAACAAAAAAAGGCAAUGAGAUUUACCAUCUUGUCCACAAGGGGUGCCACAAUCAACACAAACCAAAAGUUCCUCACACAGCUUUUAAUGUUGCUUUUAUCCAUUCAGGUUGGGAUUAGAAUUAAAGCAGCUGUGAAGUAUUUUCAAUUUCAUUUUAUUAAGGAUAGCCCCUUGAGAUGCAGCAUCUUGUUUUUUGAAGGGGCACUUUCUAAUUCAGCUUUAGCCAGUAAAUCAGCAUCUGUCGAGCGGAAGAAUCAUUCAGAACCAGUUUUAACUGUAAAAAUCCAGUAUCCAGCAUAUGUUGCCCUAGGGAAGAGAAAAGUCCAGGCAAAAACUCUUACGUUCAAAUUCUUAAAAACUACAUCCAAGUUAAAAAAAAAAAUCCCUUAUGUGCCAUUACAAAUGGGCAUCAGCAGGACUUCAGAGUCCAGACAGACAAGUCUUACUCCCAGCUGAACCUCUCGAAACCAGUUCAGAGGAGUGGAGCCCAGCGCAGCGUGCCGAUGGAGAUGAGGGUCUGGCAAGUAGCAGAGUCCAACCACACUGACUCCACCAGGCUAAAGUGCAGGAAACCGAGAGCAAAACCACAACCCACAUCAGACAGGUGAUGUUUACCCAGCAGCACACGGGAUAUGCCAACCAAGAGUGCCCAGAGGUAGAGCAGGAUCCUGAGAGGGACCUGUAGGACAGAUGAGACAGUAUUACUAAGGUAAAGGAGGAGUCUGUUUUCUCAAGCACAGGCCAUAGAACUACCAUAAGUAAACCAACUGACCGCCAGCACCAGAUGGUUAAGCAGGAACUUGGACACCAUGACGGCUCGACUGGCGUGGGCUGCUGGGAAAGAAUACAAGUCCAUUGCGAUGAUAUCCAAAAUCCCCGGAGGGUAAUCCCAUGGUCCUCUGCGUUUGACCAGCUUCUGCAUCCCAGCCACUGUCAUCAGGUCUAGGAUCAGGGCUGCAGGGGGGAGAAACAGGUCACAUGUUGGACAGAAUCAUGUCCGACGCCCAACUUCCCUGUUUUAAAUAUUUGGUUUCUUACCCAAGAGCAGGUUGACGAGGACUUCUUGUCCCGCCAAUGUGUUGCUCCUCCACAGACAGAUCAGAGUCCCAAAGAACCAAGUGAAGGCAUGUCCAGUGAGGGCCAGAAGGCUCACCAUGGACCGCAGGGGGGCCCCUGAACCAUGGGCUCUCGCACAUAUACCCAGACGCUUCGACAGGCUGAUGUCGAUGGCUAGCAGAGAGUUGAUGGCAAUCCCUCGAAACGAAGGAUUCAGCUGCAUACAGUCCUCCUUUACGGCCCCUUCAGAUCCUGAGGCCCCCUCUGAGGAGUCUCUCGACCCCCUGAGGACAUGGGGACAAAAGCUAAGAAAAUAUGGCAGUGCGUGGUACAGACUCAAAAUGUAAAACGAUUUUAUAUUAAAAGCUUUUAAGUCAUUUUAACUCUAAAAUAUGUGAAACGGGUCAGAACAUCUAUAUUGGUUUUUAGUCAAGAUACUUUGUUGAUACUAUUUUGAAUGUUUUAAAUAAUCACACUGUCGUCCUCCUGGGUCCAAAUUAUCACAGUGUCUAUAUAAAGUUAGUGCUAUUCUAAAGAAUAAGGAACAGAGAAUUAUUAAACAUGUUUCUCAAAGAGCUGCUUAUGUAAGCAAUACAACGAUUUCAAGCACAUUUAAAGUUCUGAGUUUUCAUGAAGUUUCUAGUCCUCUAAAUACUGCCAGGACUCUGAACAUUCAAAGUAAAGUUCUGUAGGUUCAGACUCAGGAUCAUGUGCAGGUCCAGGAUCACUGAAUGUGUCUGACUCUAAAUGUGAGCUGUGAUUUCAGUGGGCCAAGCCUCUGAGCCUUACCUCACUCCUGGGUCCUCCUGCUGACUGUGCUGUCUGAACGCGGCUCUCCUCGGACCCCCGCUCCCUCGCCCCUCCCCCGCCCCUUGCUCCCUGCGGGGAGGCUGGUUCAGGGACAGAAACUCGGGCCGGUUCAGGACGUUGUUCCGGUCCCUGGCCCGGCUCCGAGCCUGAUUGCCGGGCAUGACGGCGGACGGUCCUGAAGUGUUGGAGGUGCUAUGGUGUUCAGCACAGACUGCAGGACUGUGACGGAUCAGGUCUGAGACUCUGAGGGACUCUGCUAUAAAUAGACCAGCUGGCCUUCUUCUUCUGCUGUCAGCUGUUCAGAGAGAGGGAGCGAGAGAGGCUGGAAAAACACUGCAAACACACACACAUUCUCACACACACACACACACACACACACACACACACAUUCACAUUCUCACACACACACACACACACACACACACACACACACACACACACACACACACACUAUACAAUACAGGCCAACAGAGCGUGCUGUCAUAUUAAAGGAACACUCCUCCAGUUUCACAUGUCAAAGGUCAGUGUUUGAAUCA